AUGGCUCCGUCAAAGUCAAAACGUUCCUCGAAACGUUCGUUGUCGUCGCUGCCUACUGAUUUACUAGAAGAAAUACUUUACAGGAUUCCAGUCGGAUCAUUGGUACGAUCAGCCCCGGCACGAUCAGCCUGGUUACGUUACAAAUCGGUGUGUAAACAAUGGUGCACUCUUUUAAACGGCAAGAAAUUCAUCUAUAAACACUUGAAUCUCUCUCAGGUACAACACUUCAUACGAGUCGAUGGUAAAUCGAUUCAACUCUUCAAUCUUGAGACUCAAGWUCUCUCACGUCUACAAGGUCCAUCUGAUAUUUCUACAAUGAUUCACUGUGACGGAUUAUUGCUAUGUUCGUGUGUUGAAGAAAGAAGCGGAGGUGAUUAUAUUGUAUUUAGAAAGCAGCUUGUAGUUUGGAAUCCGUUUUUGAGACGAGUUAAAUGGAUCGAACCCUCGCAUUCUUACACAACAGUGUUUGAUAUCUACGGUUUUGGAUACGACAAUGUAUCUCGUGACAACUACAAGAUCUUGAGGUUUGGUUAUGUAGAUAAAUCAUAUGUUGAGAUAUAUGAGUUUAAGUCUAAACUAUGGAGGAGUGUUGAUGCUAAUUUUGAAUGUUGUGGUGCAAAGAUUUGGCGUGCGCAGUGCCACGCUGUGUCUGUGAAUGGAAACACGUAUUGGAUUGCUUAUAGGAACAAGGAUAUCAAAUUCUUCAUCCAAAGUUUGAUUUCUCCACAGAGACAUUCAAGCACAUAUGUUGCCUUCCCUUCGAAUAUGAUUGGCUGGGUAUGA